CCUACGAACGAAAACAGUCCUCAUCCUCGAGUGGAGCACGAUGUCCUAGAUUUUUCUGUCGGUUUGCGUGUCGUUAGCGCUUCGGUAUUCGUCGUGAGUUGUUUACGAGUUUUAUUUCCGUAUAUUCAAGUGCAAUCGAGGAUUAAAAAACGCAGCAUCGACGGAUAUGCAACCACUGGAUCGAUUGGAGCCUUGAAUAUACGUAAAUAUGAUACUCGUGUUCGUUUUGUUCGCUUUUGGCAUACGAGGAAAUUAUUGUAGCAGCGAUAGUGAGUUUGAAUUGCUAAAUUACAAGCGAUUUCACGUUUCUGUUGGCCAUUUCAAUAGAACCUCAUCUAUUAGCUUGAACAGCAGCAUCCAGUACUUGCUGUCGUUUCCACCAGGGAGAGGGCCCAACCCUUACAGGGUAAAGGUAUGGAGUACACAAGCCAACGCAUCUCAACCACUCCUCGUGGUGGUAUCCCAAGAACGCCAGGUUAUGUCAUGGGAAAUACCAUACAGAAUCCCUAUUGGAAAACGUUCAGAAGUAUUCUUUAUGAAUACGUCCAGAACAGUAUGCCACCAAGCUAUGGAUAAUAUCAACAAACUUUCCAAAGAAGAACUGUUGAAAACCAAUAGUAGCGAGCUCUUUUUGCAACACUUCUUCGUGUCUGUGUCCACACCGAGUAAUAGCUUUGUAGAUGUCCACAUACAGGCAGAAGAAGAAAAAGACUUCAUUGUCAGGGAAAACGUCAAAUACACCUUGUCGGUAACAGCUAGUGCAAGUAGAUACGUGUAUUAUAAAUUUGAAGGAAAUGAAGAAACUGUUAUAGUACAAAUUACUUCCCCGGAUGACGUCUGCUUGGCAGUUUCUGUACAAGACAGUGACUGCCCAGUAUUUGACCUCAACGAGAACAUAAAAUACCAAGGCAAAUAUCAGUCGAUAACGAGAAGAGGGGCUAUCACAGUUGACAAACAAGAAUUCAAGCACGGUUUCUUCUUGGUGUUCAUAGCCAGGCCAAACAAUUACGAGUGCAACAUGGAAACGAAAAAGAAAGUCAAAUCUGGCCUUCUCAGAGUGACUGAUAAAUUUCCAGACAGAACUUCUACAGUCUCCUUUAAAGUAAACAGAGCUCUGAGUGCAAUGGACUAUUUCAAGCCGAUGUUCAUAAGUUUGGGAGGCUUACUCAUCAUGUUGUUGUUAGAUAUCGGUCUAGUCUAUAUUUUCUCAAAUUACGGAAGCUUUAAAGAUGUUAUUGACUUGGAAGAUCAAGAAGAACAAAUUCAAGAUGAGCUACAGAAAAGGAACACAACGGAAAUCAAUGAUCUCCUAAAAACGCCCAAGUUGAACGUCAAAAUGAUCUCCAAGUAUCCGGUGAAGACCAAAAAGAGAUCCCUGAAUUAUCUCUGGCAUGUGUUGAGCAUCUCCAUCUUUUACAGUAUCCCAGUGGUGCAGUUGGUGGCAACAUACCAAAGGAUGGUGAACAAAACGGGAAACCAAGACCUCUGCUAUUACAACUUUAGUUGUGCUCAUCCAUUGUUUGGAUUCAGCGAUUUUAACCAUAUUUUCUCGAAUACAGGUUAUUUAGUACUAGGAGCUUUGUUCAUAUGCGUGGUACUGCACAGGCAUAAGACAAUCCCAGAGAGAAAAGGAGUUGGUAUACCUGAGCACUACGGGCUCUACUACGCAAUGGGAGUCUCUUUGAUCAUUGAAGGAAUAUUAUCAGGCUGUUACCACAUUUGUCCAAGCCAAUCAAAUUAUCAAUUUGACACCAGUUUCAUGUACAUAAUGGCAGUACUGUGUUCUGUAAAACUGUACCAAAAUCGUCACCCCGAUAUAAAUGUAACUGCCUAUUCUACAUUUACCAUACUUGGUUUCAUCAUAUUCGUCGCGAUGAUUGGAAUUCUUCAUGGUCACAUUCUCAUCUGGCUAGCUUUCUACAUCGGCUACAUAGCCUUGUGCAUGUAUGUGUCCUUUAAGAUCUACUUCCUAGGCUACGUCUUCCAAGGUUUCAAAAAAGUCGAGGAGGAGAUCCACCAAACUGGCUUCACAAAGCGAACCUUCAUGCCGAAUAAGAAAGUAAGAUUCGUCCUACUGGUCAUUGCUAACGUUGCUAACAUGGCAAUGCUUCUGUUUGGACUAUGUUUAUAUUCGGUGGACGCCACUGACUUCGGGAGCUUCCUCCUGCUCAUUCUGAUGGGUAACGCCAUUUUACACACCGCUUUUUACAUUUGCAUGAAGUUAUUACAUAGAGAGAAGUUGUGCAUAGAAGCCAUAGUUUAUGGUUUACUAAGUCUAGCAAUGUGGGCAAUAAGCGCUGUUUACUUCUUCGACAAGGCCACCAUAUGGAUGGUUACCCCUGCUGAAUCGAGAAAUUUGAACCAGGACUGUGUCUUCCUAGAUUUCUACGACAAGCAUGACGUUUGGCACCUGAUGAGUGCACCUGCGCUCUACUUCACCUUCAUGCUUCUACUCUGUUUGGAUGAUGAUUUGGUGAAAACGCCUCAAGAAAACAUUCCUGUCUUUUAAACUUUGGAUUACGAAUUUUAGAUUACCUAUUUCAUAUUAUAUAUGUGUUCAUAAUGUAGAUCUUUUUAUACUGGGAGGUCAGUUUGAGUAUUUUUGGAGAAAAAUUAAUUUAUUAAGUAUAUGAUGUGAUAUUGUCCAUAUAUGGAAUCUUUCUGAUUCUUUUUUAACUGGUGACCCAGUAUAUACGUUUCUGUCAGGGUACAAAAGUGUCAACUAGAAUUAUAUGUAUUAGGUGUUAAUGGCUGAUGUAUUUACAUUUUAUCCCUAUUUAUUAAUUUAGAAAUAUAUAUUGAAUAUAAUCUUUU